AACUUUCACGAAUAUUCUCUUCCACGUAAAAACGCAAAAAGGAAAAAGAAGAAGAGCAGAAUACAAUAUGUGUGGUAUCUUUGCUAUAUACAGCUAUGAUGGUGAUGUCGAGAACUACCGUCAACGGGCACUCUUUCUCUCUAAAAGAAUACGCCACCGAGGCCCAGACUGGUCUGGCUGCUAUACCAUCAAAAAUCAUAUCCUAGCGCAUGAACGUCUUGCCAUUGUUGGUAUUGAUUCUGGAGCACAGCCGAUUGUUAGCGACGACGAAUCGUUGGUGCUUUGUGUGAACGGUGAAAUCUAUAACCACAAGCAGUUGCGGGCUCAACUUGAACAAAAGAACCAUGUCUUCAAGACCCACUCCGACUGUGAGGUCAUUAUGCACAUGUACAAAGAGUUGGGCACAGAACUCGUGCAUCAUUUGGACGGCAUCUUUUCCUUUGUGUUGCUUGAUGUCAAGAGAAACCGAAUUAUCGCGGCUCGCGAUCCUAUCGGUGUCACAACACUUUACUAUGGAUGGCGUUCGGAUAUGCCGGGUACUGUUUACUUUGCAUCCGAGCUCAAGUCAUUGAACGAAGACUGCGAUAAGAUAUUAGCAUUCCCCCCUGGUCAUGUCUAUGAUUCGGACACUGGAAAAACCACACGCUGGUUCCAUCCUUCCUGGUGGGAUGGUGACAAGACCGCCGAGAAGCCAGUGGAUUUGAAGGUAUUGCGACACACGUUGGAAGCAUCUGUCCGCAAGCGACUUAUGGCUGAAGUUCCCUACGGCGUACUUUUAUCAGGUGGUUUGGAUUCCAGCCUAAUUGCUUCGAUUGCUGUGCGCGAAACACAAAAGAUUGCAUCGGGGGCCAUCAAAGAUCACGAGCCGCGGUUCGAUGAAAAUGGGCCAAAUAUGUGGCCUGGUAUGCACUCAUUUUCAAUUGGUCUGGAAGGGUCACCUGACCUACUUGCUGCACGCAAAGUUGCGGACCACUUGAACACCAUCCACCACGAAUACACUUUUACGAUACAAGAAGCGUUGGAUGCCGUGGGCGACGUGGUCUACCACUUGGAAACAUACGACGUAACAACCAUCCGUGCGUCGACGCCCAUGUAUCUGCUUUCUCGCAAGAUUAAGGCCAUGGGCGUCAAGAUGGUCUUGUCAGGCGAAGGCGCCGACGAAGUGUUUGGUGGCUAUUUGUACUUCCACAAUGCUCCCGAUGACAAAUCGUUCCACGCAGAAACCGUCACCCGUGUCAAGAAUCUCCACUAUGCCGACUGCUUGCGCGCCAACAAAUCAACGAUGGCAUGGGGCCUUGAAGCACGUGUGCCUUUCCUUGACCUGAACUUUUUGGAUUUGAGCAUGCACAUCCGUCCCGAGGACAAACGGCCUGGUCAAGAUCGGAUGGAAAAGUACAUUGUUCGCAAAGCCUUUGAUACAUCGGAUGAGCCGGGUGUCAAGCCUUAUCUUCCCGAUAGCAUUCUUUGGCGCCAAAAGGAACAGUUUUCGGAUGGCGUCGGGUAUGGCUGGAUCGACGCUCUCAAAGACGUCAGCGAGGUCAAGGUCUCUGAUCAAGCGUUUGCCAAGGCUGCAGAACGAUGGCCAAAGGACACGCCAUCAACCAAAGAGGCGUAUAUGUAUCGAGUCUUGUUUGACCAAUGGUUCCCUCAAGAAGCGUGCACUGCCAGUGUGGUGAGAUGGGUCCCUCGCAAAGACUGGGGCUGCAGUGAGGAUCCCUCUGGCAGAGCGCAAAAGGCGCACCAGGCUGCAUACUGAGAAGAUGGAUGAUACACAGAACACAUAGCGGACUAAUAACAAAUAAAAAGUUUGUG